GGUUAUCGAACCGGCAUAUCCAAUCUCUAGCGAGCGAGGGUUUACCGAAGAUUUUGCAGGAGGAGGAGAAAGAGAAGGGAGAAAUGAGUGCAACGAGCAUCGCUUCGAGGUCUACCUCCAUCAUAAGAGCCGCCACCAGAAGAAGCUUGAUCUCACCUAGACCUAGAAUCUCCUCCCCAAACCCUAAUUCCUCAUCUCCGCCUCUUCGUCAGACUCGAAUCGAAGCUUCUUCUGCUCCCAGGUUUAUGCUGCGGCGAGAACUAAGCACGCAUCAACCAUUUCAUAGCGUAGUUGCUGCAGCUUGCCUCGUUUCCAAGCUCCCUUCUGAUCUCACCUCUUAUGAAGGUAGAUUUGCUAACUAUGUCAGUCCUAUCUAAGAGGCAGCACCUCAAGUAAGCUUGAUGGAAGGAUGGCUUUUUGCUCUAUGAUUGUUUUUUUUUCUCCUCAAGAAAUUUUCAGGUUCUUUAAGUUAAAUUUGCAAUCUUUCAGUUUAGAUGGAACCCUGAUACAUGUAUUGGUAGAUGUCAUCACUUCCUUUUCUUUGGGUUCUUAUCUUUUUAAUCAAAUGGUUAUUUGUCAGAAUGUAAGAUCAUUUCUCCUCGAUACAACUAUGUUUUGUUACAUUAUUUAGCCUUGGUUUUUGAGACUCAAAUAAAAGAUGUAUUAAGCCCUCA